AUGGCAGAGGCAGGCGCAGUGCAGAGACCGGUACAGGUCAAGCUCGUCCUACUAGGAGCUGCUGCAGUCGGCAAAUCGUCAGUCGUGCUCCGAUUCGUACAGAACGACUUUCAAGAGAACAAGGAACCCACCAUUGGUGCUGCAUUUCUCACGCAAAAGUGUAGGCUCGAGGACAAGGUGAUCAAGUUCGAAGUCUGGGACACUGCCGGCCAAGAACGGUUUCACAGCUUGGCGCCCAUGUACUACCGAAAUGCUGCGGCUGCCGUCGUCGUCUACGAUGUCACCUCGGCUGUCUCGCUCGACAAGGCAAAGUCAUGGGUAGCAGAGCUCCAGCGACAAGCUACUCCCAACAUUGUCAUUGCAUUCGUGGGCAACAAGAUCGAUCUCGUCAGCGGCUCGUCCUCUGAGUCAGAAGUGCCUGCUGCGGCUGCGACAGAAACCGAAGGCGAGAAUGCAGAGGCGACAGAUGACGUCGUGCCCACGUCCACAGCGUCGGCGAGCUCAGCAGAUCGGAGGCAGGUGCCCAGAGAAGAGGCAGAGGCAUACGCCAAGGAAGCCGGUCUGCUCUUCUUCGAAACGAGCGCGAAGACGGGUGAAGGCGUCGUCGAGGUCUUCACAGAAAUCGCCAAGAAGAUCCCGCUGGACGAUCUGCUGCCAGGUCGAGGCGCCAAGCCUGCAGCCGGUGCUCGAGGAGCAGGCGCAAACGGUCGGACUACUUCUGCUGCAGAUGGCCGCGUCGAGCUAGGAGCAGAUGGAGCUCCCAAACGCGAUGCCUGUGCCUGUUGAUCCACUGUGCCCGUCCUGCUGUCUCUGUAUCAUCAUCUCGUCCUUGUA